UAAGAUAUUCAAGUAUAUGAACAUGAUUACCUUUAGCAGCUAUAUAAAGACAGGAUUGACCAGGAUAGUAGUACAUGUAGUAUCCAUGUGGAUUAAAGUGAUACUUAGUGAUGAGUUCUCUUGUAACAUCUAACCAGCCGUUCCUUAUAGAAACAUAAAGUAGGUUAGGCUCAUUCCGGUGAAGUACGUUAGGACCCUGUGAACGUAGUAGCCGAACAGCUUCUUUAUGAUCUCUUCUUACAAAUGCACCCGUACACCGUUCCAUUAUUAAAAUAUUCCUAAUCAAUGAGAGGCGAAUGGAAUGAAAGUGCAGAAGUGAGAGUAAGGAGCUGGCGCCGAGAGGAGAGAGACAACUAUCAGAAAGCAAAAGGUCAAACACAGCAUAGAAUAUCUAUGCUAUGGUCAGUAGCUACUCCUUCAAUUUCAUUGGUCAGUUUACAAUAGCGACCCGCCUUAUACCUAGUCUUAAGGCUGGUUCCCAUAUGAUUGUAUUUGUUGUACAAUUAAUGUUGCACUACAAUCGUGGGCGUGUCGUACUUAGAUUAAUAACAAGUCUUAAUAACCAUGGUUACUUAAUAACCAUCAAUCAAAAUGGCGGAUUUCACUACAUUGAUGCUGCUGGGUUAUUUACUUAUGGUUUUGGUGGUGUCUAGGACUCAUUUAAUGAGAAAGAAAAGGGUGCAUCGAUUAUGGGUUAGGAAAAUUUUUAGAGAGAGGGAAAGACUUGGUUUUUAUAAUACUCUUCUUUCACAAUUAAGACUUAGUGAUACAGAGUAUUUUUUCAGAUUUAUAAGAAUGACACCAAGGCGAUUUGAUGAUUUGCUGUCAAUUGUUGGACCAUACAUUCAGAGGAAAUCUUGUCGUUCAAGACGUGUCAUAUCAGCUGGAGAAAGAUUAGCUGUCUGCUUACGUUAUCUAGCAACUGGUGAUUCUCAACAGACACAGUCCUUUAGUUUUCGGAUUGGUCGCUCAACUGUAUGUAAAAUAAUACAUGAAACAUGUGAUGCAAUAUGGACUGCCUUGCGUUCUAAAUACCUCAAAGCCCCUGCUAGUCUCGAGGAUUGGAAAAACAUAGCCAAGGGCUUUCAUGAUGAAUGGAAUUUUCCAACCUGUGUGGGGGCUAUAGAUGGAAAGCAUGUUUGUAUUGAAUGUCCCAAGAAUGCAGGUUCAGCAUACUACAAUUACAAGAAUUUUCACAGAUCGUAUGGUAGGGAUAACGAUGCAUCAAUUUUUGCUGAAUCUUCUAUAA